UCCCGCUCAGCUGCUUUGCUCUCCUCCCCGCAGGUCCGAGAAGCCCAACUGGGAUUACCACGCGGAGAUCCAGGCGUUCAGCCACCGCCUGCAGGAGCGUUUCUCGCCGGAGCUGCUCAGGGCUGCGUUCGUUAACGCGUGUUACAUCGAGAGCGAAGAGGCGAGGCGCCGGCGGCUCGGGCUGGACCAGGGCACGGUGGCUCUGAACCUCCAGGACAACAGCGAACUGGCCGAGCAGGGGCUGAGCUUCUCCCGCUCCUACCUGGCACAGUGCUUUGAAGGUGCCUACCCGGACUUACCUGCGGAGGGCAGAGAAGCACUGGUUAAUUUUCUUACCGGCCAGGAACUUGUCUCUCACGUGGCUCGAAACUUGGCCCUGCAGGACCUGGCGCUCUGCAGGGACUUCCCUGCUCCUCCGCAGGUGCUGCAGAGGACGUUCCUGGCUGUGGUCGGAGCCCUGCUGGGGAGCAGUGGCCCUGAGAGAACGGGAAUCUUUGUCAGGGAUUUUCUUGUUCCCCAGCUGAUUGGAAAAGACCUGUUUGAGAUCUGGGAAGUUAUAAAUCCUAUGGGAUUACUAGUGGAAGAACUGACCAAGAGGAAUAUCUCUGCUCCUGAACCAAGGAUUACCAGACAGUUGGGAGUCAGCACGGUUCUGCCACUCUACUUCGUUGGGUUGUACUGUGAUAAGAAGAUUUUAGCUGAAGGCCCUGGUGAAACCCUGCUGGCUGCAGAGGAGGAAGCUGCCCGCGUGGCCCUGCGGAAGCUCUAUGGGUACACAGAGAACAGGAGGCCUUGGGACUACUCCAGACCCAAACAAGGAUCAGCAGCUGAAAAG